GACAGAAUCAGAAAAUGCAGUAUAAAUAAACUCCUGUUCAUAUCAGUAUUGCGAAGACUAAGAUGGGGCCCCUUCAGAUAUUGCUGGCCGUUGUUGUCUUCGUUACACUAUUUAGAGGAACCUCUUCUUGCUACGGCUAUAAGUGCGGAUGUAUUUACGUCGAUAAUUCCAAAAUAGAUGAAAAGGAUCUUAUUUGUGAACCUCUACGAACGUCUGAAUUUCAUUAUUUUCAAAAUGGACUUAAAAUCGCCCUGAAAAAAAACUGGCAGGCCUUCAGAUAUUUCAAAAGCUUCAAAGCGGGUAGUUCGCCUGAGAUACCGGAUGUUGGCAGAUCCCUCUGUAAAACAGAGAAAAAAGAUAUCCUUGGGUUCUGGAAGAAAGGAGGAUCGAUCUUGUGUUGGAUUGUCGCACCAGAUAUUUACAAGGCGGAGUGUUGUGGUGAGACAUGCUGCGGAGCAGAUACCAGGUGUGAGCCUACUUUACACCUCGACAGGAAGUAUCUCAUCUACUGUGACAAUUACUACGCCGGGGGUAUUCAGCCAGGCAUAAAUGGACUAAUCGAACCAGAUGCUGAUGAAUUUAGCGAGGAGGCUCUAGAAUUGAUCUCUCAGUCGGACGAGGCAGGGUCAGGUGACGGAGAAAGCACGAGACGUAAACGGUCAACAUAUAAAUAUGGAUAUGGUUUGGGGUACUUCGCCUUCCGACAUGACCGUUUCCCGCUGAUCUGCACGUGCAGAACGUGUGACUGGUAACGCCUAUCUAACAGCCUAUCCGUGCCAUAUCCGUAUAAUGCUUGCCUCUUUAUCGUCGUGUCCUGUCAAAUGUUUGAUUCUUACAAGAUCAUGUAAUAAAGCAUUAUAUAUCAGCAUGUAUCAA